AUGGCUCGUGCUUGUCAGUCAUGGCGUCGAUCUCCGUCGAAAGUGUCGACCACCUACCAGCCUAAGGACUGGGCACCAAACGAUGGUGUACGUUUUGAUGGAACUCGGUAUCGCUCAACUAUACGUGACAGCGUCAAUCUUCGCACUGGAUUUGACAAUUUGUCGAGAGAUACCCAAAAUUUGAUGGUUUCCCGAAAUUCGAAGGAGUGGAUCCGAGAUUUUGAGAACGAGACCAAUGAAACUUCCUUGAAUACAAGUAAAGAGACAAUGUCAAUGCCAACAUUGCUGCAUGGAAAAAAUAUUCUACAGAUUAUGUCAGUUGGAUCGAUUGAACCAAUUGCCAGGGAUUCAAAUUCACUUGAUUGGUCGGAUAGUCUCGGGGUGGUCGAUGAAGCCGAAGACAUGUCGUUAAUGGACCCACAUUUCGAUCUCACGUCUGCAAGGAUGAUGAAAUUGUUCUCACUGUUUAACCCUGGAGAAAAUGGGAUGGUGUCAUACGAAGGGUUCCGUUGUGGUUUGGAGGCGAUGGGCAUUGCCUGUGGUGACGACAAACAAUUUCAAGCAUUUAUCGACCAGGUGGACGAUGACAAGAGUGGUGGAGUUACGUAUCGGGAGUUUUUGUUUGCUAUCCAGGAAAUCAAGCUCGCUCAGCUCUUCAAUGAAGAGUUUUUGCGAAACAUGCCGCCAGAGUACACACACGUGAGACGCGGAAGAGCAUGUAACGCACUACUUGGAUCGAUCGAAUACUCACCGGACCGCAUUCGCAGCGUGUACCCGAUCAAACAAGUUCAGAGAUUUAUAUACUCAACAAAGCCUAGUUGGGCGUCGGUGAGAUGGAUCAAUCUUGAAGGCAUUGCUCCUCUUCUAAUGCGACGGUUGUCGGUACGCUAUCGACUUCAUCCACUGGCUGUUGAAGAUACGCUUGAUGCCGAUGUUGAGCGUCCAAAGUACGAGGAGUAUGACGAACAUUCGUUUUUGAUUCUACAAACCAUCCACGCGCGUGACUUGUACAUGGUGAGGAACUACCAGAGCAUGUAUCGUGCCUCAUUAUAUGUUCACAACGACGACGUGUCCCUAUUUGAGCGCAUGACGAAAAAGGAAUUGGAAGAACGACUGGAACAGCUUGAUGUGGGCUGUGUGAUGACGGCGCCCGAGCAGCUCAGUUUGUAUAUCAUGGAAGAUGUCUUGAUUAGUGUCCAGGAGAGUUCAAAUACGCUCUGGGCGAUGCUAAAGCAUAGACUCGAUAGGUCUUACUCAAAGGUGCGCCAGCAUAGUACAGCUUUCCUUGUCUAUACUAUUGUGGACGUUUGCGUGGAUGAAUUGACGCCCAUUACGCACACGUUCGGGUCAAAAUUGAUCAUGCUCGAGCGGCUGCUCCGCAUUGACCCACGCUACUUUGAUGUUAGUCGUCUGGCUCGUUGUACGAAGCAGAUCAAGGGACUUCAUGUACUUUGUAAACCGAUGAGUGAAGUGAUCAUACAGCUUAUGGAACCCGAGGAGUUUGAGGGCGAAACAAUGCGGUAUUUCCGUGAUGUGAUGGAUCACAUCACUACGAUCGAGGAGGACUGCGAGCGGCAUUUAGACCGUUGUCGCAGCCUUAUUGAAGAUUUCCACAAUGCACGAGCUGUGCAACAGAACGACGUAAGCUACAUCUUAGCAUUGGUCGCAGCAAUCUUCUUGCCAGCACAAUUUCUGACCGGACUCUACGGCAUGAAUUUUACAAACAUGCCAGAGCUUGAAUACCACAAUGGCUACUACAUCUGGUGGGCAGUCGUACUCUUUAUUGCCCUUGCAACGAUGAUAGUUUUCAAAUUUUACAAGAAAUGGUUGUAA